AUGGUGGGAUGUGAUGAGAACGAGACACGGGUGAUGGUGGGAUGUGAUGAGAACGAGACACGGGUGAUGGUGGGAUGUGAUGAGAACAAGACACGGGUGAUGGUGGGAUGUGAUGAGAACGAGACACGGGUGAUGGUGGGAUGUGAUGAGAACGAGACACGGGUGAUGGUGGGAUGUGAUGAGAACAAGACACGGGUGAUGGUGGGAUGUGAUACGUACAGUUUCAUAUUUAGUUGUGAAACAGUGUUCAUUGCAUCUUGA